AUGCGACCGCGAGCGCAAACAAACGCUACAAACCCUUCUUCGUCGUCUGCUACCAAAAAAGUUGCGACUAGGGAAGAGUGGGAGAAGAAGCUUAACGAAGUGAAAAUAAGUAAAACCGAUUUGAAUAAUCUAGUGAUGAACUACUUAGUGAUCGAAGGAUACAAAGAUGCCGCAGAAAAAUUCAGUCAAGAGUGUGGUCUACAACCGAAUAUUGAUUUUGAAUCGAUACAAGAUCGUAUGAAUAUUCGAAAUGCAAUACAGAAUGGGAAUGUGGAAGAGGCGAUUGAACGAGUUAAUGAUUUAAAUCCUGAGAUUUUAGAUACAAAUCCAAAACUUUACUUUCAUCUCCAACAACAACGACUGAUUGAAUACAUUCGUCAAGGUAAAACAAGUGAAGCGCUAGAAUUUGCGCAAGAUGAGCUGGCACCACGCGGUGAAGAAAACCCAGAAUUUCUUGAAGAAUUAGAACGCACAAUGGCAUUACUAGCAUUUGAGGAUACCAGUCAAUCACCAGUCGGCUAUCUUUUACAUCCUGCACAACGACAACGAACCGCCAGCGAAUUAAACGCGGCGAUUUUAACGUCACAAAGUCAGGAUAAAGAUCCGAAAUUACCAAGUUUAAUGAAGAUGCUCGUCUGGGCACAAAAUCAACUUGAUGAGAAGUUGUCGUUUCCUCAGAUAAGAAAUCUCGCAACAGCUGAAUUGGUCGAGGAAACAACAGCAGUAUCAAAUGCAUCCGCUUCCACGUCUAGUAAUACGAGUGCCGCAUCUAUUAUUUCCUUUUCUCCGUAA